AUGGGUGUAUACAAGUACAUCCAGGAGCUAUGGAGAAAGAAGCAGUUAGAUGGGAUGCACUUUCUCCUGAGGUGCCACUGCUGGCAGUGUUGCCAGCUCUCCGAGAUCCACAGGGCACCCUGCCCGACUCAGCUGGACAAGGUACUCAGAGUGGGGUACAAGGCCAAGCAUGGUUACAUCAUAUCUAGGAUUCAUAUGCACCACAGUGGCCCUAAGUGCCCAGCUCCUAAUGGUGCAACCUAUGGCAUGCCUGUUUAUUAUGGUAUGCACCAGCUGAAGUUUGCAGGAAGCUUUCAAUGUGUUGCUGAGGAAAGAACUGGAUGUCACUGUGGGGCUUUGAGAGUCCUGAAUUCUUACGGGGUUGGUGAUGAUUCCACGUACAAUUGUUUUUUGAGGUUAUCCUUAUGGAUCCAUUCCUCAAAAGCUAUUCAAAGAAAUCCUGACACCCAGUGGAUCACCAAACAAGUCGACAAACACAGGGAAAUGUGUGGGCUGGGAUCUCUAGGCCACAAGAGUUGUGGCCUUGGAAAGGGCCAUGUGAUUGCUGUUUCUUGUGCAACCUGGAGAAGGCAGAAUACCCUCCAACUGUGCCAUUACCGCUAA